ACCUGCGCGGGGAUCGAGUUGGAUUUAGUUGGUCGAAGGGUGCGCACCACUGACUUUUCUCCCUGCUCAGCUAAUUCGCCACGAAAUGUCGGGUGUUUAAGUUUGAAAACACUGUCAGUUUGUUACUUGUGGUGGUGUUUUAGUGUAUGUAUGUAUAUUGUUAGUGAACAAAUGUGAUAUAACACGCCACGGUUAGGUGUUUUUGCUACAAGGACAAGCUAUUGCAAAAGGCCAAAACAAUCUCUUCCAAGUGGUUGUGCAGCAAAUGUCUAAAAUUAAUUAUCGAUAUCUACAACCGUCAUUGUUUCGUCCAGGAGUAGGCGCUUCAGCACUCUCUAAUAUGUCUUCCCAACGUUUCUGUUUGAGGUGGAACAACCACCAAUCCAAUUUAUUGUCAGUUUUUGAUCAGCUUCUGCACGAUGAAAGCUUUGUUGAUGUCACUCUUGCAGUAGAAGGACAACUUCUGAGGGCUCAUAAGAUGGUUUUAUCUGCAUGUAGCCCAUAUUUUCAAGCCCUGUUUGUUAAUCACCCUGACAAACAUCCCAUUGUAAUUCUCAAAGAUGUCCCAUAUAAUGAUAUGCGCAGUCUACUUGAUUUUAUGUAUCGAGGUGAAGUUUCGGUUGACCAAGAUAGACUUACAGCCUUUUUGAGGGUAGCAGAAAGUCUUAGAAUAAAAGGUUUAACUGAAGUCAAUGAGGAAAAAUGUGACACAAUUACAUCUUCUUUGAUGCAACAACAAGGAAACAAUCUUCCACAUUUACAAAGGCUACAGCCCCAGAAAAGAUUUGGAAAUACAUUAAAUAUGUUAGGAAAUGCUCUCAUGCAGCCUAAAAGGAAACGAGGUAGGCCUAGGAAACUUUCUGGUAGUUCGAAUGGUGUUGAAGAUUAUGAUAGGAAUGAUUCAUUAGUGACAGGAAGUCCAGAGAUGUUAGAAGUUAAAAUGAGUAUGGAUGGUUUUUCUGGUCAUAAUUCUGACUCAAGUAGUGGAAAGCCAGACAAGGAAGAGACAGAUGAAGUUAAAGUUAAGAAAGAAUCAGAGCCAGUUGCUGGAACUUCCAAAGAACAACAAGGAUUGAACAAUUCAGUGCCUAAGAACAAUGAUACAGAAGCACAAACUUCAGAUAACGACACUUGUGUUUCACCAUCGGCAGUGAGAUGUAUAGACUUUAAUUCCUCUUUACAUAAUGAGUACAACCUUCCAUACCAAGAGUCUUUAGAAUCUGACGACGAAGAAGAAGCCGAAGAAAACUAUAUUCAAGAGAUUGAUUCGUCGUACGAACCAAUAGAUAUUAAGAUCGACCCUAAAGCAUUUUUUAGUUCUGUGAUUGAUAAUAAUAGUAACACAAAGAAAAGGCGGAGAAUGAAACAAGAUUCUUACGAUGUUCUAGAGGAUUCCUCCGCCGGUUACGAAAUUAUUCUUGACGGCCAAUCUUGCGAAUUCCGGCCGACGCGUUACGAAAAUUAUACGAAAAAAAUUAGCGACCCUGAUAAAUCUGCUCGAGAUUUUUGCGUACGGGAAAAAGAUAAUUUGUUCAGGUGCACCGUCUGUGAUAGGGUUUAUACGCACAUUAGUAAUUUUUGUCGACAUUAUAUGACUUCACACCGGGUUGAUGUUAAAAUGUUCUCUUGUCCUGUUUGCGGAAAGGACUUUACGAGGAAGGACAAUAUGCUCGCGCAUCUAAAAAUUAUACAUAAACAGGCGCAAGGGACAAACGAGAGGGUGGGGCAAACCGAUCUUGCCACUUGAAAACAAACGUGAUAUUUUCAUAAUUUUUAUAAUGGUUAUCUAACGAUGACCGUUGUUUCCUUUAAACAAACGUGACUAAACCUUUCUGUUGAUUCUGUAAAAUCUUUCGGGUGGGUUAUUUAACGUUAAUCUAUUCAGGAAUUCCUAAAGAUAAAAAUAUUAGCUGUGUAAUGUAUUCUUUCUAAAUGAUAAAAUGGUUUUAUAAGUUUAACUUACUGUUUAAAAUUUGUUGGUCGCGUUACAUUUUGAAUAUUAUACACGGACUGAAGAAAUAUCUAUAUUAUUAAAUACAAAUAACGAUAUUGAAAAUAGUUUCCCUUUCUUGAGAAAUCGGGUCGUCUCUACUCCUAUGCAUUUUAUCGGUUUAGGUGCAAAAGUAAGGUGUGAUAGUUUUUUAAUCGAUCUUUCUACCUGCUCACAUUCGAUGAAUACUUUACACCUCUUAAGGAGGUUCAAAUGAAAGCUAGUGCCUUAUCUUUGCCUUUUAUAAUAAAUAAAAUCAACGUAGCUUACAUAUAUAUUUUUGGAAAAUUUAUCGUCCUGUUAUAAAUUUUUAUAUACGACUUACAUAUAUGCAUGUGCGUUGUAAUUUUUAUCCCAAUUUUCUCAUUAACUGAAUUCAAAAUAGCUAAUUGCUUUAAUCUACAAUGUAUUUAUAAAAUAAUGACGCAGAUAGUUUGUUAAAAUCCAUAGAUUAGGUGUCUGCUAUAAAUUAUGAAAGCAACGGCCAAAGUGUAUUCUACAGAUCCCCUGUUUUUGAAUACAGCGUUAUUUGUUCUUUAUAUAAGGAUUUUUUAUAUAACAAUUCUUGCCAAAAUUUGCAAUAUAUUCGGGGUCGAGCUCUUAUCAAAGACAUAAACUAUUGUUUAGUUAUACAUAUAGUAGAUUUUAUAAAGAUAUACUUUUUCUUGCUUUAUGUAUAUUGAUAACAAUUAUUAUAACGUUAAUGUAAUUAUGGGUAGUUAAAAGUGAAGUCUAUUUAUUAUUUAGUGAGUAAUUGGUAAUUACAAUAAAUGACGGGUUAGCUACAUACAUAGAUAUAUAUGUUAAUCUUUUUUUUUUUUUUUGUUGCAAAAAGGUAUAUGAAGUAGUCAUAGUUGUAGUUUCCUAAUAAAUAAAAAUUAAUUGAAAUGUGAUUGAUGCUCUGCGAAGAUGCAAAUGCAUUUUGUUAGUUGAUAUUCUAGAAUUAUAAUAAUUACUAUUUUUACUUUUUCCUUGCUAGAUCUGUGCAAAGAGGUGGAUAGUGUUUUUCUUUUUUCAUAGAUUGAAUUAAAUUAAACAAGGGACAAUAAUUACUGUUACCUUUUUCUUUUAAUGCCAGUUGAUACAAAUUCUCAGGUGUUAGUAGUUUAAGUAGAACUAAUGGUUUUACUCCUAAUUUCUUAGUUUAAAUGCAAAUUGUGGUUGAAAACAACAGUCAUAUAUGUAUGACGAAAUAAUGAGCGAUUUUAAAGUUAAAUAAUUCGUUGGUUUUUAAACAUAUUUUACAUUAAUAUAAUACUAAAUCGAUCAAAAGACAAUGUUCUCUUUGAUGUUUAUUUGACAAAAUUAGUUCAAUACAGACAAUAUUGAAAAGUUGGUAUAUUCGCUGUGAUCUGACCUUACACUUACGGUUGUCAAUUGGUGAACUUUUGACUUGACUCUUUUAUUUUUGUCUUGUGCUUUGUUAAUAUGGUGGCUCAUGUAAGUUGAUCUUAGGAUCAUUUUUAGUGAUUAAUCUAAUCACAUACACACAUUAAAGAGAACAUUGUUUUGAUUUUUUCAUGUGGGAGAUAAUUAGAAACCAAUAAAUUAUUUGUCUUUAAAAUUGCACAUUUAUCAUAUCUGUCACCCUCUGUUUUAUAUUUCAGCGAAUAUUGCUAGUUGUUUUUAAAAACAGUUGGGGGAUAAAGUUGCUGGCAAAUCAUUACUGAGUGAGACAUCGAGUGGAAAAUAAAAAAUUUAACUGAGUUUUGAAAGGGCGCGGAGAUUUGGGAAGUAAAAUUUAAUAUCUACCUCUUUGAUUAUGAACCGUUUGUUGACUUGCAGAAUUUUUUCGUUGUAAUAUCGGACAUUUUGCAAAUAUUGAUAUUUUUGAAAAAUAUAAUUACAUGUUAAUGUACGCAAAUAGUUUAUUAUUUGUGAGAGAACGUU